AUGGGUAGGAUACAACACCUAAUGAAAACGGGUAAAAUAGGUCCAUUGCCACCAAUCGAAAAGAUUCAGCAUGGUCGAUCGGGAAUAGGCGGUUUUGCGAUGUUGGCCAUGAAAUUUGACAAACAGGUGGAGCCACUGUUAACUAGUAUUAAACCCGAUUGUAUAGUAUUGGAGCAGUUCCUGACACUGCCAUCGGUGGCACUGUCGGGUAUACCUUAUGUUUGGUUAUGGAGUCCCAAUCCCUUGUGUAUGGUGAAUGAUGAUAGAGCACCUCCUAUGUGUUCGGGACUUUCUGUUAAUGGAGAUAAGAAAUUAUGGCAAGAAUUCAGAGAUGUUUGGAAUAAUGAGUGCAAAGAAAUGUUGACUAAAUUCAAUGAUUAUAUUGUCUCCAGAGGUUGUCAACCAUUAAAAGAUAACGCAUUUACCGACGUCUCAAAGUGUCUCAAUAUAUACGGCUAUCCAUUGGAGUUGGACUACACGGACAUCAGACCACUGCCCAGGAAUUUCAUCAGAUUUGAUAAUUUUAAGAGAUUUGAUAAACACUUGGAGUUUGAGAUACCGGUGCCGUUGAGGGACAGACCGGGAAAGUUGAUAUAUUUCUCGUUGGGAUCCAUUGGUGGCGCGGAUGUGGAGAAUAUGAAGAGAUUAUUGAAAAUUCUGUCGAAAUCUAAGCACAGAUUCAUUGUAUCGAAAGGACCUCUUCAUGAG